AUGAGAUUGAUGAUUUUAGGCAUUGCAUUAAACACUUGCAACUCACAGAUCUGGGUUUCCAAGGGGAGUAUUUACACAUGGUGGAAUGGAAGAUCAGAAGAGGAUUGUAUUUUUGAAAGACUUGAUAGAUGCUUGGGUAAUUUAGAGCUGCAGCAAACUUUUCCAGGACUUGAGAUUACACAUUUAUCAAAAAUUGGAUCAGAUCACUGCCCACUGUAUCUGAAAUGUGACAUUGAAGCUGCUCCAAUUAGGAAGCCCUUUAGAUUCCUCAACUUCUGGACUAAGCAUGACACUUUCAAAGAUGUGAAAGCACUUUCCAGUUGGAGCAGAGCAACAUAUGGAGAUAUCUUUCAGAAAAUUGCCAGUUUAGAAGAGAUGAAUAGAGAAAGGUUGCACAAAGUUAAGGCAGAAAUGAUUAAGUAUCUUGCUGUGGAAGAAGAAUUUUGGAAGCAGAAAGCAGGCAUGUUAUGGUUUAAAGAUGGGGAUAGAAACACAAAGUUCUUUCAUGCUCAAGUGAGGGGUAGAAGAAAGAAAUUACAGCUGAGAAGGAUACAGAAUAACAUGGGCAUCUGGAUAGAGGAGGAGGAGCAAAUUGCAGAAGAAGCAGUCAGCUUUUACAAGGACCAAUUCACAGAAUCAGUAGUACCUUCAACCUUUCACAUCAUUGAUCAUGUUCCAACUUUGGUGGAGGAAGAGCAAAAUGCAAGAUUAACUGAGUUACCAACAAAAGAGGAAGUCAGAAAGGCAGUAUAUGGAUUGAAUGGGGAUUCAGCAGGAGGACCUGAUGGCUUUACUGGGGCUUUUUAUCACACAUGUUGGGAUAUUGUUGGAGAGGAUAUUUAUGCAAUGGUGCUGCAAUUUUUCUGUGGCCAACAGCUACCAAAGUGUGUGACACAUACUAACCUAGUUCUCCUACCAAAGAAAAAAGAGGUGACUACUUUUUCAGAUUUGAGACCAAUUAGCCUUAGUAACUUCAUUAAUAAAAUAUUUUCAGGGGUCAUUCAUGACAGACUGGUAGAGCUACUGCCUAAUUUAAUUUCUGAGGAGCAGGCUGGCUUUGUAAAAGGCAGGAGUAUUGUAGAGAAUAUAUUGCUUACCCAGGAGAUCAUUACUGAUAUUAGAUUAAGAACUAAGGCUGGUCCUAAUGUGGUAAUGAAACUGGACAUGACCAAGGCAUAUGAUAGGUUGUCUUGGCUUUUCUUAACAAAAGUGUUGAGAAAGCUAGGCUUCUGUGAGAGGUUCAUUGGCAUGAUUUUUGAUUUGGUAGGGAAUAACUGGUACUCAGUACUUAUAAAUGGUCAAUCAAGAGGUUUUUUCAAAUCAACUAGGGGUGUGAAGCAAGGGGAUCCAUUGUCUCCAACACUUUUUAUCCUAGCUGCUGAGGCUCUUUCUAGGGGAUUGAAUUCACUACAUCAAAAUCUCUAUUUCUGUGGCUUUGGACUGCCAAAGUGGAGUCCAAAAAUAAAUCACCUUGCUUAUGCAGAUGAUACCAUCAUUUUUUCCUCUUCAGAUGCCACAUCACUGAGGCUGAUUAUGGAGAUAUUAUAUCUCUAUGAAGCUGCUUCUGGUCAGUUGGUGAAUAAGAACAAGUCUGCUAUCUAUAUGCAUCACCUUACAGAUCCAGAAGUAGUAAGGAAAGUUGAGAGGAUUACUGGUAUUGGAAGUAAGGAUUUUCCAUUUACUUAUCUAGGAUGCCCUAUAUUUUAUGCAAGAAGGAGGUUUGAUUAUUACCAGCCAAUGAUCACAAAGGUUCUUGACAGAUUACAGUCAUGGAAAGGAAAAUUGCUUUCUAUAGGAGGCAGGGCAGUCCUAAUUUCUAGUAUACUGCAGAGUUUACCAAUUCAUCUGUUAUCUGCUGUAAACCCCCCAAACUAUGUUAUUAAUAAACUGCAUAAAUUGUUUGCUCAGUUUUUCUGGAGUAGCUCAGUUGGGGGAAAUAGCAGACAUUGGGCUUCAUGGAACACUCUUUGUAUGCCUUAUGAUGAAGGGGGAAUUGGCUUCAGAUCCCUACAUGAUGUUUCCAAGGCACUGUUCUGUAAGCUUUGGUGGAAUUUCAGAACUAAACCUAGUCUGUGGAGCUCUUUCAUGAGUCAGAAAUACUGCAAAAAACUAAAUGCAGUAGUAGUACCUUGGAGGGAAGGCUCACAUGUGUGGAGGAAAAUGUUGGAGUGCAGGGAUCUUAUUGAACAUCAGAUAAUAUGGAAAUUGAGGAUGGGUUCUUCUUUGUUUUGGUAUGAUAACUGGACUGGACUAGGGGCCCUUUAUUUUCUUGUUCCACAAGACUUUGGUAUAGAUGAGGGAAUACAGAAUGUGUAUGAACUUGUGGAGAAUGGAGCUUGGAAUGUUGAUAGAGUAAUGGAGUUAUUACCAGAAGACUUAGCAUCACACAUUAUUGAGAAGAUCAGCCCCCCACUGGUAGAAAAUGACAUAGACAGACCAUUUUGGAUGCUGGAACCCAGGGGUAAUUUUUCUGUCAAAACAGCCUGGGAAUACUUGAGAAGGAGAGAACACCCUAAAAGAGCUUAUAAGAUGAUUUGGGUAAGAGGGCUUCCUUUUAAGAUUUCCUUUUUCAUGUGGAAGGUGUGGAAAGCUAAAUUACCCUUAGAUGACUUUAUGAGAAGGCUGGGGUACUUCAUGCCAUCUAAGUGUUGGUGUUGUGCUGCACCUAAGGAGGAAUCAUUAGUGCAUUUGUUCUACACAUCAAAAUCUGCUGAGACAGUAUGGAGAUAUUUCCUACCAAGAGCUGGAAUAUCAGUACAAGGUUUAACUCUACACCAAGCCAUUACAAGAUGCUGGACUGUACCUGUGGUGUCUAGAUUAAAACCAGUCAUGCAGGCUUUACCUUCUUGCAUAGUUUGGGAGCUAUGGAAGAGAAGAAAUAGUCUAAAACAUGGAGAAGGUGUAUCAGUCAGCAGAGUAAUCUAUCAAGUGUCAACACAUCUCCAGCACCUGGUGCAGAUGAGGAAACCUAACAUACAAGUACCUCACAGAUGGUCUAACUUGCUGACCAUGAUGGAAAACUAUACUCCAAGGCUUAAAUAUGAGAAAGUACUAUGGGAGUUUCCUAUGGAGGGUUGGAUAAAAGUCAACACAGAUGGGGCAUCAAGAGGGAAUCCUGGAAGAAGUUCUAUUGGUUUUUGUCUAAGGGAUGCAUCAGGUGAUGUGAAAUAUGCAUUGGGAAGGGAGAUUACUGAAGGAUCCAACAAUGAAGCAGAAGCUGUAGCAAUCUUAGAGGCAUUGAGAAUAUGCAGGACUCUUAAUUAUUCUCACAUAUGGCUGCAGACAGAUUCUAUGCUCAUGAAGAAUACUAUUGAGGGAACAUGGAAACCACCUUGGUGUAUUGUGGAAUAUGUAGAAGAGAUUAUGAAGCUUAAGGAGGGGUGCAGGAUGAAACUGUCACAUAUUUUCAGAGAAGGCAACAAGUUGGCAGACCAUUUGGCAAAUUUUGCACUUGAUUAUGGCAUGAUUGAGGGCUAUGACUUCUGGGAUCUAGAUGUACAGGGGAGGAGAAUAGUGAAUGAGGAUAAGAUGCAAUGUCCAUAUAUCAGAGUGAAAGUAGCAGGGAAUUAA